AUGCCUGAGCCGGCGAAAUCUGCUCCUGCUCCUAAGAAGGGUUCUAAGAAGGCUGUUACUAAGACCCAGAAGAAGGGAGAUAAAAAACGUAGAAAAACUAGGAAGGAAAGUUACUCAAUUUACGUGUACAAAGUGUUGAAGCAAGUUCACCCGGACACCGGCAUUUCCUCUAAGGCCAUGGGCAUUAUGAACUCCUUUGUAAACGACAUUUUCGAACGUAUCGCUGGGGAAGCGUCUCGUCUGGCGCAUUACAACAAGCGUUCGACCAUCACAUCCCGAGAGAUCCAGACCGCUGUGCGCCUGCUUUUGCCGGGGGAGUUGGCCAAACACGCUGUGUCUGAGGGUACAAAGGCUGUUACCAAGUACACAAGCUCUAAGUAAAGAUAUAUGAAUGAUAACAUCUGUAACUCAAAGGCUCUUUUCAGAGCCGCCCACUUACUCUGUAAAAGAGCUUUGGCACUAAACCAUGCAUUGUGUUGUUUUAACACAUGUAUUUUAUUCUGCGUUUUUAGUUUUGGUGUUAGUUAUUGAUGCUGGAAAUACAUUAAUUGCAAUUACUCUAGUUUAAAAAUGUAUUGUCCUAUUGAGGAACCAAAAUCCACGUAAAUACAAGAAAUAAGAAUAAAAUUUACUGUAUACAAUACUCAAAUGAUGAAAGUAAAAGUAUGUUAUAAAUA